AUGGGCAUACCCGACUCCACCAACAGCGACGUCUUCCAUGACUGGGCACAGCUGCCCAUCUCUCGCGAGCAAUUCGCGCGCGAAUCAAGGGAGCAAAUGCACAAGCUUUUUCCGAACUGUGAGCCGUUGCCCGGCGCAGAGAAGCUCUUAUCGAAUCUCAGCCGGGCACGAAGUGCUUCUUUGGGGAAGCCGAUUGAGCUGGCAUUAGCGUCGAGUACUAGGACUCACAGCUACCAGCUGAAGACAUCACGGCCGGAAACGAAACGACUUCUCGACUUCUUCCAGCCACAUAAACGCAUACUGGGCGACAAUCCGCGCGUUCCCAAGGGGCGAGUGAAGCCAGCACCCGACAUCUACUUGCUUGCUCUAGAGACUCUCAACUCAGCCAUUGGUCCUGACGAAUCACCUAUUCUGCCCAGCGAGUGUUUGGUCUUUGAGGACAGCAUCAUUGGGGUCGAGGCUGGAAGAAGGGCAGGUAUGAGGGUUAUCUGGGUCCCCCAUCCAGAUCUGGCGGCUGAGUACCAAGACAGAGUAAAGCUUGUGCUUGCCGGGAGGACGGGGCUGAUCGAGAUUGGAGACGAGUGGCAGCUUGGAGAGAUCGAUGACGGUUGGGCUGAGUGUAUCCCGAGCUUGGAGCACUUUGACUACGGUAAAUAUGGCAUUGAGGUGCCGCUCUAA